CUCUAGCUUUUCAGCUCAUUUUCUUCACUUUUCACUUACAUUUGCUUUGUCUUGAGUCAGUUUCUGGGUUCUUAAAUUCAGUGGUUUAACUGUUUAAAUUAGUAAAAGUUGUUAACUUUUAAUGGAAAAGUUAUAAACUUUACAGUAUAUGCAUGAUUUUGAGAAUUAGCAAUGCUGGCUUGAUUGUGUAAAGAAAUUCUAUUUUUCUUUUUGUCUGCAAGAUUGAAAAUUGGUCUUAAAGCUUGUGUUCCAUUCCAUCAUUAGAACUGCUGAUAAUGUAGUGGUGUGUUGUCUGCAAGCAUUUUCCAUGGGAAUCUUUUGGGAUUUGUAAUUUGGGUUUUCUAUCAAAUGUGAUAGUAUUGUUGAUAGAUUUUAGCCCCUACUAAGAACUUAUACUUGUCCACUUCAAUAAGGACAAUUAUUUGUCUUCUGCAAGUCUUUUUCUUCUUUUUAGCUGCAACCCAAGUCAAGGAAAGGUGGUAACUUUAUUCUUCCGGGCUUUGGUAUGUUAAAAUUCUCAGGCCAAUUUGAAUUUCUGGAUAAUUGUUGAUGUUAAUUUGCUGUUGGGAGCUUCCAUGGAGUGAUUCUUCAUUACAAUGCACUUGUUCUGGUGGCAACAACUGCCGCUGCUCAUAUUGAUUCAACUCCUCGAACCUAAUAGCAAAAACCAAAAACUAUAUGUUGAAGCAUUAGUUGUUAGUAAGAGCACAGUUGGCAGUCCUCAACAUUCCGGUGGCAAGACGGGAAGAUACUCAUGCCUAAGACAAUGGGCAAGUGGCAACUGUAAUAAACUGAAUGACCCAGGUGUUGUUUCUUCGCUUACAUCUAGAAGACAUCCACUUAAUCUGCAGACAGGAUUUGUCAAGUUGGCAUCUUCAAAAAAUUUGUCCUCAGAUUCUCCGACUGAAAGAACAGUUGCUGCAGUGCGUAAGGACAAUAGUGUUCCAACAUUAACACCCUUGCCACCAUCUAAUGAUAAGAAAUCAAACAAGCAGAAAUUUGCUGCCAUUAUUGGUGGUGCUGGAGCCGCCCUACUAGUGAUAUCCAUAGUGGUGCUAGUUUACAUGUGCUUGAUGCGUAUUAAGAAGUUUCUGAGGCACGGAUCUGAGACAGCAUCUUCUGUGAUAUCUCCUCCUUCUGAUUCGGCAAGAGGUGACAUUUCCCCCUAUGCUACUGCACAGUCUCCUCUUGGUUCAAAAGAUUUAAGGCAAUUGUCAAUCCUGGAGCUUGAGCGUGCUACACGCAAUUUCAGUCAGAGUAAUAUCAUAGGUGAAGGGACAUUCGGUUUGGUUUAUAAGGGACUACUUCUAGAUGGAUCAAUUGUGGCAGUUAAGAGAUGCCUGCAUAACUCAGUUCACGAUUUUGUUCACGAGGUGAAACACAUAGCUUCAGCUCGCCACAAGCAUCUUCUCGACCUUAUCGGCUAUUGUGAAGAUAACCAUCAGCAAUUACUUGUAUAUGAUUACAUAUCUAAUGGAAAUGUAGGGAAUUACCUCUAUGAUACUGAAGGUUUACCCAUUGGAAAGUUAGACAUGCGGCAAAGGCUGUCGAUUGCGUUGGGAGCUGGAAAAGGCCUCCAAUACAUCCACAGUUUGGUUCCUCCUCUCCUGCAUAUGCACUUCAGAACUAGUAAUGUUCUUUUAGGUGAUAACUUUACUGCCAAAGUUUCUGAUUACGGAAUAUGUAAAUUGGUAAUGGCGAGUCAUCGCGCUGGGUCAUCUUCAGCCAUGGAUUACUUUCUUGAUCCAGAGUUAAAUUCGCUGACCAACUUUUCGGAGCAAAGUGAUGUCUAUAGUUUUGGUAUCUUCGUGCUUGAGCUAAUAAGCGGCCGCAAUGCACAUGGGAAAUACAUGUUCAUCUCAGGGCACAACUUAGUAAAUGAGGCAAGGGAGUGCAAUCUUGAAAACUUCAUCGAUAAGACGCUCGGGGAGCGGAAAACGGAAGCUGCAAGACAGCUGAUGGAGGUGGCAUUGCAAUGUAUAGAUAUUGGUAGAAAAAGACCAUCAAUGACAAGAAUUGUUGAAGAGAUAGAGCAGAUUCAAGGGAGAGGAAUGGGAUAUUUGCAAGGUGAUGAGAUAGGCUCCGUAAGACUUGGUAGUGAACUCUUUAAGUGAUUAAUUAAAAGUUAAAACUGAGUUAUUAUCUUUCCCUGCAAUUAUAGUCCCAUUCUUUAAUUGGUUUAAAUUUUUUAAAAAGUGUACCAUCAUAGGAUAAGCUAUAGAGUUAGGAAAUUGGAAGUUUUAGUACAUUAUUUGCCCUUCUAAGACCAUCACAGUAUUACAGUGGUCAGACUUUUUUUUCUGACUUUACAAUCUUUCAUGUCCUUUAAAGCUAUAAAUUUGCCUUUUGGAUAUAAAAUCAUUAACUAUUUUCUUUUC